GAAUUUUAGAUUUGCUGGCCUGACAUGAUGCAAAGAGGACAUAGUUGCAACUUCGUAAAUGAAAAAUGGUAUAUAAUAGUUACGAAAUGCAACAAGUUUCUCCCUUGUCUCACAUACUCUUGUGAAACAGCUCAACUUUUACUACCAAGAUAGCUAUUUAUUCAUCUCAACUUUUUUUAGCCAUGACUCCGAAUGAACUUGGAUACUUGAUUUCUUCAAUCAAGGAUAAAGACGCCGAAUUUUUUGAAACUGACAAAGUGUCAUUAAAGGGAUAUCUUAAUUUCCAAGAUUGGAGAGAUAAUUUUAUUGCUAAGUGUAACCAAGUUGGAUUACACAUUGAUGAAAGCUUACUCUUUGAUGAUGACGUGGACCAAGGUUUACGUGACGAGGCCACUUCUGUCGUUGAUGAGUUUGUUCAAACUGGAAUUGAAAAGACAGUUCCUGUUAAAUGGAGAGCAGUACUUGAUCAAGACAAAAAAGGUAUUGAUAACUAUCAUCAAAUAGUUGACAAAUAUGGCAUUGAAAUCAAUUUGGAAUCUGCAGUAGACAUUCUUGGUGAAUUCUUAACUAGACCUAUUCCUGGAGAUGAAGCUCUGGCUUUCUGGAAUAAUAUUGUGAGCAAAUUUGACAUUAAAGAAUUAGGUGGUUUACUCUACUUGGCCAACAUUGAUAAGGAUAAGCGUCAACAGAUUCUCAACAAACAUCGUGAGCAUAACCAACAAUUCUCUAUUGAAGCUGUUGAAGAAUAUUGUAAGGAAUUGAAUAUUGAAUUGCCUAAAAGUGUUAAAUUUACCAUGACCAACCUUCUUACUAUUGACACUAAAUUGUCUAAAAAUUCUUCUUCUCAACUUACACCACCAGACAGUCCAACCAAAAGAACUCGUUCCCAUCAAUUGACUCCUAGAAGAAAUAAUGGUAGGAGAAGCAAGUGCAGAUACUGUGGGGCUCUUGGACAUUACAUUGAUGAAUGUCGUAAGUUGAAGGCUGCUGAAGAGAAAAGGAAACAAGCUCAAGUUGCUUGAAUGAACAUUCUAUUUUUAUUAAAGCUGGUCUUAUAUAUUUUACUUCUUAUUCUUCGUAUAAUUCUAUUUUUCGGUUCAUAUGGCAUUUUUAACUUUUUUU